GAAGCUAUAAAACGACCACGGUUCUGGAUACUUCUUCACUCGUCAGUGUGACACCAACAAUCAACCAUGCAGCCUUACGUCGUUCUCUUUGCUCUCUGCCUGAUCGGCCUCGUCAACGCUAACGCUGUCAUCACCUGCGACAACCACCCCUGCAAAAAUGGCGGCACCUGUAUCCAGGAGAUCUUUGACGAGGGGUACAGAUGCAAGUGCCCCAUGGAAUACUACGGCACCAACUGUGAAAAACGCAACGACAAGUGUGACACCAAUCCCUGCUUGAACGGCGGUUCGUGCCAGGUGUCUGGGCCCUCCCAAAGCUGCGUUUGUCCACCUGACGCCAGUGGCAAAAUGUGCCAAUACAGACCGUGCGAUACGAAGCCCUGCGGUAUGGGGGAAUGCUUUAUCGUAUAUGAGAACAUAUACUUCUGUCUCUGCCCAGACGGCCACGUCUACAAAGACUGCAAUGGGCAUGACGUGCGGAAACCCUCUCCCUAGCCGACUGGGCUGUAGGCAGUUCAGCUGUUGGGAUAGGCCUAUGUCCCCAGCUACCGAAACGAUCAGUCAACGACCACCAACAUGCCCGCAGUUAUUCAGAAGCGUUGAAAAUAAUUCCAAUAUAGACGCUUAAUUUGAAUUAUUUGCUUGAAUGAUUUCAGCACCCCGAGGUUUAAUCUAAACACUGUCAACUGUAAACAAUGGCACUUUGAUCAUCACUUAAAGAACGAUAUCUCUUUUUCUCCACACUCUUGAAAGUGGGGAGUCGUUAUUAGUCUCUUAUUUUAUUUAGAAUCCUUGGCAUUAAGUUAAUUAAAGAAAAGGUUACAAGUCAAUAUCUGCUUUGGCGAGUUUCACUUUCCUGAAAGAAUUUACCACCUUUUAUUGCAUGCAUACUACAGCUUCAAACGUCUGACCGACAGUUACUGAAUUAAUCGAUUGCAUGGAAGAUUAAUCGAUUGCAUGGAAGAUUUGUAAUCAUAUACCAAAUAAUAUCUUUUAAUGAAAGAAAAGAAGAGCAAAAAGAAUCAAUGUUACUGU